GUGUUAGGCAACUGAUUGACAUGUGAACGACCCGCCCCCCCGUUGAAAAAGUAGAAACCUCAUUGGCCACAGCGUGCAUAGUCGUAGACCGCUGAUUGGAUGGGAUGUAGAACAAGCCUUCCCGCCUGGCGUUUACAUGGAAUUCACUGGCUGUUCCUUGUGGUUGUUUUGGUCAAUGCGGAAACAGUACAGAAGCAUGCCUGCUAAUAAUAUGAAAUCAAUAUGAAUAUAAAUGAAACUGCCUCCACUAGAAGACAAAGUGUCCGUUUAAUAGUCGGUGUUGUAAACUAUUGUUUUUAAGCACAAUGGAACAAGAUGGAGCCGAAUCAUCGAGCAUUGUUUACAAAGUUUUCACGUUUGAAGAAAGCACGAAAAACAAACAGGAGUCCGUUUCAGUCACAAUCCCAGAGGUUUUGGAUCCACAAUAUGGCAUGUAUGUUUGGCCCUGUGCAGUCGUGCUGGCUCAGUAUUUAUGGACAAAAAGAGAAGAGCUGAAAGACAAGACUGUGCUGGAGCUGGGUGCAGGUGUGAGUCUGCCAGGUGUUCUGGCUGCAAAGUGUGGUGCAAAGGUGAUCCUGUCAGACAACGCUCAGACCCCACUGUGUCUGGAGAACUGCAGGCAGAGCUGUGAAGCCAACAGCCUCCAGGAUGUGGAGGUGUUGGGUCUCACCUGGGGGGAAGUCUCGCCUGAUCUGGUUCUGCUCCCCAAGCUGGACGUCAUCUUGGGUUCAGACGUUUUCUAUGAGCCACAGGAUUUUGAAGAUGUCCUCGUUACUGUUGCUUUUCUGUUGAGAAGAAACCCCUCAGCUCAGUUCUGGACAACGUACCAAGAGAGAAGUGCUGAUUGGUCGAUUGAAGCGCUGCUGCACAGGUGGAAGCUGAACUGUGUGGACGUUCACCUGGAGACAUUCGAUGCUGACAAACCUGAGCUGGCUGGAUCGACUCUACCAGGAAACCACAGCGUGCUCAUGAUGAUCAUCACUCUGAAGACAGGAGAUGUUUAACAUCGUCCGUUUAUCCAUUAACUAUAUUACUCUUCCUGUUUGAGGUCGCUGGAACUGAUCCCAGCUGUCAUUGGGCGAGAGGCGGGGUUACACCCUGGACUGGACAGUCAAUCACAGGGCUGACUUAUAGAGACAGACAACCAGCCAAACUCACUUCUUAGCCUAAUGACUCUACGAGCAUGUCUUUGGACUGUGGGAGGAAGCUGGAGUACCUGGAGAGAACCCACACAUGCACGGGGAGAACAUGCAGACUCCACACAGUGAGGCUUCUGUCUGAUCCUGACGCGGGAUUCGGACCAGGAACCUUCUGGCUGUGAGGCGACAGCGCUAACCACUGCAACACCGUGCAGCCCAGUUUGACAUUGAAUGAAUGAAAAUCUGCGACUGAUUUUAUCAACAGUGUUGAACUUUCAUCUUAAACUCUUUAAUGAUUGUUGGUUUAAAAAUGUAUAGUUCUUACGAUUAAAGUCGUAAAUUCAAGAGAAUAA